AAGGGGGAGCGGGGAGAAGCACAUUCUGCUAUAAAACUAAGAGCUGCAUACUCAUAACGUUUAUUACCGGUCAUCCGGAAGUGAAUAUGAUUGCCGAGGAGGAAAAGCAUGCGGGCAGUCUAGUUGGUAUGAGGGAUGGACGGAUAGAAAUGCGGUGUGUACAUGUAGCGUAAAGAGUCACUCGCUGUCUGAGGAGGGAGACCGGGAGCGCCGCGCGCUCACAGAAACACUAAUUCAGUAACACACCGCGUGUUGCAUCGCGGCGGUAGGGUGAGUUCUCACGGGACAGCGUGUGCGUCUGAGUGCGAGUACGAGCGCGCGGCGUUCCGCGCCGGGAUCGCGUGGAGCCUCGGCCACGAGCCCCAGACUUGAGCGGAACGAGAGAGCGAUGCGAUCUGCGGGCUCCCGACGCGCACGCGCUGCUGCGUGUGCAGGAAAGUCCGCUGCAAAGAGGGCCUCGCGCGAACGGGCAUCGGCUGCUGUGUGGAUGUGUGGUUUAAAACCACUCUCUCUGUGUGAAUACUAAGCGUAGUAAAGUCGGUUUCGAUUACAGAUAUUAAUUUUCUCGUAUCGGGACUCAUUUUAAACGCGACAUCUCUGAGUCUGUGGGGACACACACACACUAAAACACCGUAACUGCUCCGUUCUGCUGGGGGUUGACGUGUGUGUGCGCGCGGUCUCACAGUUGUUCUCCCGCUCCGACGCCGGUCCAGUGUAUGUGUUUUAUCUGUUACAAUGUUCCCGCGUGUAUCCUGUGUGUGAGACGAUUAGUCCUUCGUUCCCAUGAUUCGCGCAGCUAAGAGUCGUUCUCAGGGAGACGUGCAAACUGAAAGCGGUCGUCUGGGACUUGAUCAUCAAGUUGAUGUCACCUAGUAACCAACGAAUGAUUGGCCAAUGAGGCACCAUGUCUGCUCUGAAGCAGAGGAAAUCUGUGAAGGGGAAGGACCCUGGGCUUGAGAGCCGGAAGCCUGAGGCCCCUGAGGACCCCUCCACAAGGACCCCAGCAGGUGACUGGACAUGGUGGAUGGUGCCCUGGACGGCAGCUGGAGCCACGGUGGCCGUUGCCCUUGGGCUGCUGAGUUGCAUCUAUGUGGCCACAUUGCACGAAAAUGACUUGUGGUUCUCCAACAUCAAAGAAGUUGAGCGUGAAAUCUCCUUCCGGACUGAAUGUGGCUUGUACUACUCCUACUACAAGCAGAUGCUACGGGCCCCGUCCAUUCAGGAAGGGCUCCUCCAGCUCAUCCAGGAUAAUGUGACAGAGUCCAAGCGCACAAUCAACAUUCUGCAGCGGAUGAAUAUCUACCAAGAGGUGUUUCUCAGCAUCCUCUACAGACUCCUGCCCGUUCAGGAAUACUUGGAGCCCAUCUAUUUCUACAUCUACACUGUGUUCGCCCUCCAAGCGGUGUAUGUCAUUGCGCUGUACAUCACCAGCUGGCUGCUUAGCGACUCUUGGCUGGCUGGUGCCCUUGCAGCAGUCUGGUACAUCAUCAACAGGGUAGACACCACGCGUGUGGAGUUCACCAUCUCUCUGAGGGAAAACUGGUCCCUGCCCUUCUUUGCUCUUCAGGUAGCUUCCAUCACAUAUUACCUGAGACCUCAGCUAAAGCCCUUGCCUCAGAAGGUGGCUCUGUGGCUGACCUUCCUGUCCACACUGUGGUUCUGCCUCACCUGGCAGUUCAACCAGUUCAUCCUUCUCAUCCAGGCCCUGGUCGUCUUUGCCCUCGAUUGCCUUGACUUCAUUGAACCCAGGAAGGUGACACUGCUCUACCUGGUUCAGGUGUGCAGCCUCCUGCUGGUCUGGCUGCUGCAGUUCUGUAACACCAUGAUCCUGGGCUCUCUGGCCCUCAGCUUCAUCAUCUCCGUGCUCUUUGUCAAGCACUUCCAGACAAAGCUCAAAACUGGAGGCCUCAUGGUACGAAUGGGAAAGCUGUGUGUCCAUGUUCUCCUGGUACUUGUCAUGACCUUCACCAUCAAUUACCUAACCAAGAAAGUUCUACAGCUCAGCUCUGACGAACACAUUUAUAAGUUCAUCAAGGCAAAGUUGGGCUUGGGUUUGACCAGGGACUUUGAUGCCAAACUCUACCUGUGCGAAGAGGCCUUUGGGCUUCUCCCCCUGGAUACAUUUGAGCGACUGACAACAACGUUAGUGCUGUACCCGUACCUGUGUGCCCUUGCCAUCCUCCUGGUUGUUCUGGUGGCCAUCAGCCUGGUACAUCUGAGCGGUUCAGGCUGCAGCGGUGCGCAGUCGGAGGGGGUGGAGCACAGGAUCCACAUGCGGCCAGACGUUGCCUACAACCUUCUGCACACGGUGCUCUUCGGGCUGCUCGCCUUAAGCACCAUGAGGAUGAAGUACCUGUGGACUGGACAUAUGUGCAUGUUUGCUGCUUAUGGGGUGUGCGGCCGUGAGCUGUGGGGUAUCUGCCUGGGGGCGCUCCGCUGUAACACACAGACCAAGUUGAGGAUCGUCAGGUAUGCAGCGCCUAGCCUCCUCCUGGCUUUCCUUUAUUUCAAGUUCUGGCCCAAAAUAAAGGAGGAGGUUUCCGAACUAAGAGAGUUCUAUGACCCGGACACCGUGGAGCUGAUGACCUGGAUUAGCUCCAAGACCCCCUCAACGGCUGUGUUUGCCGGGAGCAUGCAACUGCUGGCUGGGAUCAAGCUGUGUACCGGGAGGGCACUGACCAACCACCCCCACUACGAGGACCGGGCACUCAGGGAGAGGACACAACAGGUGUACCAGAUCUAUGCUAGGAGGGCUCCUGAGGACGUGCAUAGGGCUCUGCGAGCAGCUGGAGCUGAUUAUGUGAUCCUGGAGGACAGCAUCUGCUACGAGCGUAGACAUGGGCGUGGCUGCCGCCUGCGGGACCUCCUGGAUGUGGCUAAUGGGCACAUCAUGGAUGGUCCAGGUGAGAAUGACCCAGACCUCAUUCCAGCUCCACACCCUCGUUUCUGCACAGAGAUCAAAAUGGAUAAUCCUGCCUACAGCCGGCUCUUCACAAGAGUCUUCAGGAACAAGACCUUCCAUGUAUACAAGCUGAAGAAAGGGAAGAAGUUGUCUGCAGGGGCCCGUGUGAGAACCAGCACAUAAUGGUUCUCACAGUUCCGCUGUAUUAGUCACCACAAGUGACUGCUCAGACCCACACUACCUGUGUGCAGCCGUGUACCCUUAUCUUAAAACUGUUUGUCGCAUACCAAGUGUUCCACCCACAGGACCAAGACUGGUGCCCCCUGGAUGGGAUGGCUGCUAUGCCUUCAGUCAUCCCCCUCCUGGAGCACAUAUACAGAAGGUGAUUAAACGACUGAAGUGGGGUUGCUUGACAGCAGUUAUGCUCCUUCUCACUCUGAGAACGGGGAAAAAGGUUAAUCCGUAACCAUGAUUUAAUAACGUGUCGAACACUUUCCUGCGGAAUUCUUCCUACAACAUCUCUCUUCAACUGACUGCGUCGGAACUGGGAUGCUUUUUUUUUUUUAAGAAAAAAAAUAUAUGUACAUUUAGUUUUCU